AUGAAUCAUUCACCCGGGAGAUCGUCCCUCUUGCCCCCAUCAGCGCUGUCGGGAGGUCGUCCCUUCUGCCCCCGUCAGCGCUGUCGGGAGGUCGUCCCUUCUGCCCCCGUCAACACCGUCGGGAGGUCGUCCCUUUUGCCCCCAUCAGCGCUGUCGGGAGGUCGUCCCUUCUACCCCCCGUCAGCGCCGUCGGGAGGUCGUCCCUUUUACCCCCAUCAGCGCUGUCGGGAGGUCGUCCCUUCUACCCCCCGUCAGCGCCGUCGGGAGGUCGUCCCUCUUGCCCCCAUCAGCGCUGUCGGGAGGUCGUCCCUUUUACCCUCGUCAGCGCCGUCGGGAGGUCGUCCCUUCUGCCCCCGUCAGCGCCGUCGGGAGGUCGUCCCCCUCCCCCCCAUCAGCGCCGUCGGGAGGUCGUCCCUCUUGCCCCCAUCAGCGCUGUCGGAGGGUCGUCCCUUUUGCCCCCGUCAGCGCCGUCGGGAGGUCGUCCCUUUUGCCCCCGUCAGCGCCGUCGGGAGGUCGACCCUCUUGCCCCUAUCAGCGCCGUCGGGAGGUCGUCUCCCUCCCACCCAUCAGCGCCGUCGGGAGGUCGUCCCCCUUCCCCCAUCAGCGCCGUCGGGAGGUCGUCCCUCUUGCCCCCAUCAGCGCCGUCGGGAAGUCUUCCCCCUCCCCCCCAUCAGCGCCGUCGGGAGGUCGUCCCUUUUGCCCCCAUCAGCACCGUUGGGAGGUCGUCCCCCUCCCCCCCGUCAGCGCCGUCGGGAGGUCGUCCCUCUUGCCCCCAUCAGCGCCGUCGGGAGGUCGUCCCCCUCACCCCCAUCAGCGCCGUCGAGAGGUCGUCCCCCUCACCCCCAUCAGCGCCGUCGGGAGGUCGUCCUCAUCACCCCCAUCAGCGCCAUCGGGAGGUCGUCCUUCUUGUCCCCAUCAGCGCCGUCGGGAGAACACCCACCUCGCCCCCGCCAGCGACGUCUGGAGGUCAUCCCUCUUUCCCCCGUCGGCCCCAACCCGGAUGAUUUUUUAUGA